AAUACGCUCGUCUUUCCUUUAAGUAAGACGCAAUAAUGAAAGAUAGGGUAGUGAUAAAAUUUAGUGAACAUAAUAUAAUUUUAAUGAAAAAUUUUUACCAUCGUAACAGUUUUAUCAAAAUGCUGACCAGUUUUAAUUAAUUAGUCAUCCUGGAUUCGUUAAUCCUAACAACCAUUUUUAUUUUUUUAGGUUUUUAUAGUUUUCAUAACAUGGAUGUAAUAAUAAAAUUAAAUAGUCAAACUGCAGGAAGAGACAAAUUGGUCAGGUUGCUGCAGUACGCGAGCAAGGCGGCAUGGCACUUCCUGCAGCAGAAGGAAGUGAACCGACGCUCCGUGGACAAGCUCAAGAGCCUGGAGUACACCUUCAGCUCCUUCCGCAAGCUGCUGCGGCUCGGCAGGUUCCUGGACACGCUGUACAGCGCGCUGGUGUCGGUGCACUACGAGGACCUGGUGGUGCGUGCCACCUGCACGCUCUCCAAGAUCGCACACGCCCUCUUCCUUCUGGCCGACAACAUGCUGUGGGUGGGCCGCACGGGGCUCGUGUCCGUGGACAGCGAGCGCUGGAACAAGGUGGCCAACAAGUACUGGCUGGCGUCGGUCGCCAUGAACCUGGCGCGCGACCUGUACGAGGUGCUGCGCCUGCUGGAGCGGGGGAGCCGCGGCCCACCGGCGCCGGCCUGGUACAGCGCCGGCCCGCCGCGCAAGGGGCUGCCGCUGGCGACGCUCGCGCGGGAGCACAAGGACGUGCUGGUGGACACGGUGAAGAAUGGCUGCGACCUGAUGAUACCCCUGACGGCGCUGGGCUACGCGCGGCUCAGCCCGGGCGCGGUGGGCGUGCUGGGCGUGGUGUCGUCCCUGGCGGCCAUCGUGGGGCUGGUGGACCCCGAGGCGCGCCUGGAGCCGUCCUAGGUCCAAUGUCACCACUCGUCGGUUUGCUCGCCUCAUUGUACAAUAGGUUGACUUGUUUUGUUUGUGUGGUUUCAAUAUCUUCAAGGUUCUUUUCGUGCUGACGACGUGUAACAAGUUAGAAGCAGCGAGUAAGAUGUAAAUACGUGAUUUUUAGGGAGGGCAGUUGGUGACUGUAAUGUACACAAAACACACCGGAGUUUCAAGAGGAACUUGCGUUUAAGGGCUCCGCCUACCCGGGCACACACACGGUGCGCAGAGUUUCAGGAAAAACAACGCGAUUUCAAAACUGCUCGAGAUAUCCGAGUGUGGUCUGUUUACGAAAAGCAUUUAAGAGUUCGCUGAGUACCGGAAAAGUACUUUUGAUUUCGGAUGGAGUUUUUAAACUGUAUUUCUAGAAGAGUUGAAAUGGCUAAAACACGUGUUUUCAGAGUAAUUUUUAGGCGUAAAAAAACUAGUACAGAUUCUUGAAAACACUUAAAGGGCUUGCAUUACACCUUUAUCUUUAUUUCUCUGCCAUAUAAUGGUAUGGUCACAGCUCAAAUUUCAGAGUUAUCCUGUGACUACGAGAAGACUGCGUGCCAGUUCAGGGUCUUGCGGUUAGAGGCGACACCACGCUGGAAGCACCAGCGAGCGUCGCGCUUAUCAUCCCGCCGCACUAACACACAUACACCCAUGACGAGGCGGGCCCCUUAAUGAAUAAGCAAACAUUUAAACAAAUAUAUAUACUUAUGACUACUGAAUCACUUAUUAAAUGGCGUUCAGCUAGUGGUGGAGCCAACUCUUGUGAAGUAGUUGACUCCUGUCUCCAGGGUCACUCAGGAGCUGAUGGGGCGGGUGUGAGAUGUCCGAGACGGCGGGGAGAGGCCGACCAGCCCCUCUUGCAGGUAGUCACACUAAGUGCCCCUGUUUAAAGGUGAUUCACUGAUUCAGCAUAAGCCUCUGUGCGAUUCGACCAUACAGUGGGUGUGUGUUUUCUGCCUAGUUUAAUUUCACAAUAUUUAACCAAAGUUUUACUGUAAUUUCUUCAGUUUUACUCACUAUGUAGGCCUACUAUCCCUAAAACAACAGUUUCACUAAUUUAGGAGAUAUCUGGUUACAAGAUUUUGAUGGUCUUUCAAUAAUUUCACAAUAUUUAACCAAAGUUUUACUGUAAUAUUUUUCAGUUUUACUCACUAUGUACUAUCCCUAAAACAACAGUUUCACUAAUUUAGGAGAUAUCAGGUUACAUGAUUUUGAUGGUCUUUAAAAUUAGUAGUACCUAUUUGGUCUUUCAACAAAACAUUUUUAAUUUAGGGUAUUUAUUUAUUUUUAGUAUCUUGAAAAUUUUUUUGUAGCAGUUGUGUGGAAUUAUUUAUAUAUAUUUUUUUACUUUGUGCCAGCCCUUGUAUGUUAUGUACAUUGAUGAAGAGCCCCCAGCUGUAGCAAGUCAUGUGCUGCAACAUGCAGUGGGGGAUCCUUGACUCUCACGUAGACGGUAGCACAUCUGCUGGGCCCCGUGUGUCGUGUCCGUGGUCCGUCCAUGCUGCCCCUUCCCAGUCCUUGCACCCUGACUGUUCCACGUCUCCGAUGUAUUCCGUUGCAUUGCCAUUAUGUAUCGUUCCAAACACGGGCAUUUAUGUUGGAGAUAUAUGUUUUCCUCCUGAUAUUAUAUACCUCUUAUGUAUAGGUAUUUUUGAAGUGAUAUGCAACUUAAACUUUAUCCAAAAACUGAUUAACGUUACUAACGUUUCUGUUAACAUCCAACUUGGUACUAAUUACUGUAAAGAAAUUAAGAAAUUAACAUCUAUACUUAGUUGAUAAUUUAAAAUCUUAUACAACUGGAAAAUAUUACAAUGUUUAAGCCAUAAUUUUGGUAAUUUUACAUUGGAACUAAAUGAUAAGUAUCUUUGAUAAGUUUUUGCUUGUGUGCUUGAUUUGCAACAAUGUGUAUUGAUUCACAUUAAAUGAUUGGUUGUCACAGAUCUCAAGUAAUCUGUAUCUAAUAUCAUUUUCAGAGGCAUAUUUCAGUUUAUUAAAAUAUAUAAUCAUAUGUGCUGCUGAUGUUGGCUCAGACUGGUUAGCAGUAUUGCAGGGUAUGCCUAUUAUUGUUUUCCUUUAUUCUGUGAAAAAAUAAAAUUGUUUUUACCAGGAAAAGCAAUAAAUGAUUUUUCAGUAACUUAUAAAUUUAUCUUCACUUUGCGGUAGUGAAGACUCACGCCGUCCAUGACUUUGUGAUUGAAUGUGAUUUCUGCGUCAGUUUGCGCAGUGCUCUGUGUUCUUGAAGUGACUGUCCAUGCCUCGGGUCACCAGCCAAUUGCGUUUGAACGACAGGUUGUUAUUCAGGGUGUAUACCAAUGCGGGAAAGUCACAAAUUAGCCUUUGGUCAUAAAAGUUCCCUUGUUGGUCCAAUUGUUGUUGGUGAGACACAAUCUCCAGUUAGCCGCCACUGAGAGGCAAGCCCUGUGAGAGCGCCUCCUGUUGUAUCGCUCAUGACUGCCUGCUAUUGCCUCAUCUGCUAUGUGGCGAGGGGCCCAAGCAACCGUAAAAUGCUUGGAAAAACUACUUUUUUUUGUAGAUGCUCCCCUGGGUUUAGCAUGAUGGGUAUCCAAACAAAAAUGAACUGCAAAUACAGGGAGAUCAAUUAUUUUAUGGGGGGGAAAAAAGUUUUUAUGCUGUAUUCCUGAAUUAGUAUUCGGACAAGCAGGCUCGUGUGCAGUUUGCCGGAGCGUCUGUGCAAUCAGCUGGUUCAAAGACGCCUGAGGCUCGGACACAACACUGUCACAUAGUUGUCAGGUGCAUCAAACUGUUUUUUGUUCAAAUAUUGGAAAAUGAAAAGGCAUGAAAUGCGUGUGUGAUAAUGAUGGUAAUCUUCUUUGCCAGAGGUACAUCCCUCACAACAGUUUUUAUUGCUCUCACCAUGUACCUUCAAUGUACCCCAAGGAUAUUUGUGUAACGUUUAGUGUACAUUGUAGAUGUGUGUGUUUGUGGGGAUCUGAGCGGGUGUAUUUCUCAAGUUGUGCUCUUCCAUUGUUUUUGUAGUCCCAUGUAAAUUUGAACAUUUUUAUGUGUUGGUUUCACUGGGUGUCUGCAGGUCACGGAAGUCGUAAAAAAGCAACCAAACUGAAGCACUGGUCGGGACAGUCUCAGAGGUCACCAAACUGUAUUUUCCAGUAGCCAUUUGCUAACUGGCAUUGUAUUCUGUCACCUCGCCUGUUGCAGUCACACAUAGUGGGAGACUGUCCACUAAAUCACAUAGAAGUUAUACAUACAUAAAAUUAAUAGAUUACAAAAAAAGUUGUAAAAAUUUUCACAGAUUUUUGUAGACACCCUGUUCCAGUUUAUGCAUUAAAAUGACUGAAAAAUUUAAAUCUUAUGUAAUACUAAUACUUUUUGUCAUAACUUGAGUUUAUUUUCCUAGAUCUUUUUUUUUUUACAAAAUAGGAAAUAAAACUAUUGUUACUGUAUAGUUAGUAAAGUUUAUUCCCAGACAAGUGAAGUCUGGAAUAAUUGAGCGACACCCUGUGAGAGCAUCAAGGAAACGCUUUAUGGAGAGUUUUAUUCCAUGCCAUUCCCGAAAGCCAGGUUUACCUACCUACUGCAUUGCUCGCCACUUAUUCUGCUAGAACUUUGUUUAAAGGUUUCUGUUCUCACCUUUGAGGUUUCCUGAUUAAAAUAAAAUAAAAAAAAAUAUUUGAUUCUAUCUAAUAUAAACUAAAAACAUUUAUCAAAUUGUAGCAAUAUGUACAUAGAAAUCGGUAAUAAUUUUUAGACUUGAGACAAAGAUGUAAAUGAUUAUAAUUUGUCAGAAAUAUGUUAUAUCGUAAGGUUCGUGGAAAAAUUUGGUAUAUCCAGUUUGUGAAAAGUGUUGUUUUGUAAUAACCCAGGGGACGAAUUUGGGAAGGCAAAACAUGUUUUUAAUGGAUUUUUCAGCCAUUAAAGGAAUUUAAGUACAAUUUUCUCUCGACAGCAAAAUACAUGUAUGUACUUGCUUCUGUUGGUUACAAACUUUUUCCUGUAACUCCAUGAAAUGUUAUAAUAUAUUUAUAUAAUAAAAUGAGGCAAUAAUCUGUUUCACUGCAGUUUGUGUUGAUAACAGUCUGAUGCUAUGUGUUGCCGAUGAUAGUCGUCUGUCCGGAGUGAGUUGCUUGUUGCUAGGGCUGUACUUGUGUACAGGAGUAGUGGCCUUCACGGUUACCGAUCCGUGGUCGCCUUAAAACUGCUGUGUUGUUACAGUAUGAUCUGUCUAACUCAUUUGUCCUUUUUUUUUUUGCUCAAUCUGUGAAAGUAGAAAAUGUAUAAAUGCUAUUUUUGUGCAGAGGAAUAAUUUUUAUGGUUGAGCUUCAGUACAUUUACAUUGUUGAUUACUGACUACUAUUUAGUUUUGUGAACUAUAUUUGCACAUUUGCUUGUGUUUUCUUUGACCAAAGUGCAGCAAUUGCUGUUGAGAUCUCAUUGUGUUACGUUACGAUUUGUUGCAUGUAGCUGUUGGAAUCUGUUCGUGUUAAAAAUGUAGUAAAUACUUGUAUAUUUAUACAAAACCUUGGUGGGAAUAAAUUGUUUAUAUUAA